CUACAAAAAAACCCUCAAAAACAACAACACAGUGACACAAAUUUAUCACAAAAUAAUCAAAACAACAACCAAGAGGCUCAAAAUGACUAGCGAGAGGCAAAACGACUUUCAAUCUGGGGUUCUUGUUCACUUCAUCUAAUCAUUUCAGACUCAUCAACACAUUUUUACAACCGAGGGCCUUCCAGCAGUUUAAUCCGACCAUGGCCCGGUGCUGUGGUCCCCUUCCGUGAGCGAGGAGCCGCUGCUGGUUCGUAGCAGCCCUGACUGAAACAAACCCGGAGCCGGUGGGUGCGAUCCUGUCCGUAAUAGACGAUCUUCGGCUCCGUGCUGACGUGCGUCGGUCCCUCACGUGACCUGUGGAAUGUUAACAAUGCAGCGAGUGUCCAACUUUGUGCUGCAUUUCUGAUCCUGCCUGGAGUCUGGGGAGAAAAUGGAGGCUCAUUUCAUCACAUUCAGCCAGCUCCUCCGUCUUCACUGAGCCCCUCCGCCGUGUCUACGCGCUCAACAGGCGAGGGACGGACAUUUUCAAAGUCGCCGUUGGACCGGAUUCACUCUCCAAUCUGAGUUAUUCUCGCUACUUCUAUCACAUGGCGCAGAUUGGCAGCAUCAUGGUUUGGCUCCGCGGUGCCCUCGUGACUGGCUGCAUUUCCUGGAAUAAGCUGGAACCUGAGCCUUGAAAGCCACACCAUGGAACGCCUGUAGUAUCCCCACAUCACCUUCACCCACCCCACCAGCACCAGCAGGAAUCGGAAACACAAAGAGAGACACAAACAAAUAAGGGAAGCACAGGAGGACGCCCAAAUCUGUGCCUCCAAUCUGCUGCGGGAGACUCUUUAUCUAUUUAGGUCAGCCAGCUUGAAAGGGAUCUUUUGGAGGGAACAGGGGAGUGAGUGCCAGUUUGUGUGUGAGUGUGUGUGUGUGUGGGCGUGUGUGUUUCCCUUUUAGAGUAGGUGCCUGGCCUUGGGCACUGAGGCCAUGAGGCCAAAGACUUUCCCGGCUGCCCCGUACGUGGGCAACACGCGCCAGAGGCUUCAGGAGAUCAAGGAGGGCCUGAAGCAGCCGGCCAAGCUGGUGAGCCAGGCGCUGCACGGAGGCAGCUCCCGCACCGACGGCGGCAGAGGGGCCGACUGCAAGAGCGGGAAGGACACGGCCAGCCGACAGCAGCAGCUCCGACCCCCGCAGAAGUUCAACAACUACCAGAAUGCCCUGCGGGAAAUCCGCAAGUCACUCAUGCCAUUUGCCAACGAGUCGGGUCCAUCGUCCGGGUCGGGACACCCUGCCGGCGCCGGGGAGGUGAACCGGCAGAUGCUGCAGGAGCUGGUCAACGCCGGCUGUGACCAGGAGAUGGCAGUUCGGGCGCUGAAGCAGACAGGAAGCAGGAACAUCGAAGCGGCCUUAGAGUACAUCAGCAAAAUGGGUUACCUUGACCCCCGCAAUGAACUCAUCGUCCGUGUCAUCAAGCAGACUUCACCAGGAAAAGCUGGCAUGCCAAAUGGAAUGGACCACCGGCCUGCGUUGGAGGCUUCAGGUGAGGCAGGUGCCAUGCCUCCAUACCAUCAGAUGGGGGCUCCGAUGUAUGAGGGGGCGGGAUACGGCCCUGAGGGUGAGAUGCCCAGACCCUACAUGAGUGCUCCCCCUGUUAUGAACUACAUGAUGCCCCCAUCUGGUGCAGCACAAGGCCCUGCCAUGGGAAACCCAAUGGGUCGACCUCCCAGUAUGGGCACCUAUCCACCAGUGAUGGCCACCCAGAGCAACCCAGCCAACACCAUGUACCCUCCAGGGGCCCAGCAGAAAGGCUACCCCGGGAGCAUGGAGCAGCACGGGCCCAUUAUGAGCUACAACGUCCCCGGCCAGCCUCUUCAACUCCAGCCACAGCCACCAGGGGGCCCUGUCCCAGGUCCCCACUAUGACUACGGUCAUGCCAGGCCGCACAUGAUGGAGCCUGCAGGCUAUGGUGUCAAGAGGACCCCCUCCUUCCAGAACAAGAUGGCACCGCCCCCCAUGGCGCCGCCAGACAACUACGUCAACAUGCAGGGGAAAGGGGCCAUGGGUCAGAACGGGCCAGGAGGAGGCGGGGGAGGGUAUCCUGCCAACCUGUACCUGCCCCCUCACUCCCACCCUCGACAGGCCAGCCCCACGUCCCACCAGGUCCACAUGAUGUCCCGUUCCCCUGGUGGGGUGGCAGCCAUGGGCCCUGAUUUCUCAGAUCUGCCACAGGGCUUGAUGACACCAUCCAGGGCCAGCCUCAACCUGGACCUGUAUGAGCACCACUGGGCGGGGCCUCCAGGCCCUGAAGGGGCCCCUCCAGCCAGGCAGCCCCAGCCCCAGGGCCCAUUCAGGGGGGAGGUGCGUGUCCCCAGCAGAACCAACUCCUUCAACAGUCGCUCCGCGGGGCCCAACGGUGUCCGGCCUGCGAUGGCUGCACCUCCUACAGCUGGAAAACAGGACCCCUCAUUGGGCCCACCCAACACCAUCACAGCUGUCACAUCCCCGCCCAUUCAACAGCCGGUCAAGAGUAUCCGUGUGAUGAGGCCAGAGCCCAAGACAGCUGUGGGACCGUGUCACCCCGGCUGGAUGACUGCUCAGGCCCAGGAUGCAGCAGAGCCUCUGGCCUACAUGCCAGAGGAGACUUACCCCCUUGAGCCUGCUCAGGAGCCACGCUGCCCGCCACCACCUUACCCCAAAAAUCUGCUCAUGUCCGGGGCAGCUGGCGAACCAGGGGCCCUGGAAGGACCCGGAGCCAUGUGUGGAGCUCAGGACCUCAGCAACCCUACUGCCAGAAGCACACACAACGGCAGCGGAGGGAGUGGAAAGGGAGAGGAGAGCCAGCAGGUGAAGGAGAAGACGAAGAUGGGGAAGGGAGAGAAAACGGUGAAAGACAAGAAGCAGAUCCAGACGUCACCCGUUCCCGUGAGGAAGAACGGACGCGACGAGGAAAAGAGGGAGUCGCGCAUCAAGACCUACUCACCUUUCGCCUUCAAGUUCUACAUGGAGCAGCACAUAGAGAAUGUGAUGAAGACCUACCAGCAGAAACUCAACCGCAGGCUUCAGCUGGAACAAGAGAUGUCCAAGGCCGGUCUGUCGGAAGCGGAGCAGGAACAGAUGAGGAAGAUGCUGAACCAGAAAGAGUCCAACUACAACAGGCUACGCCGCGCUAAAAUGGACAAGUCUAUGUUUGUGAAAAUCAAGACUCUGGGCAUAGGUGCCUUCGGCGAAGUGUGUCUCACGCGUAAAGUGGACACCUGCGCACUGUAUGCCAUGAAAACACUUCGCAAGAAAGAUGUCCUCAACCGCAACCAGGUGGCCCACGUGAAAGCGGAGCGUGACAUCCUGGCGGAGGCGGACAACGAGUGGGUGGUGCGCCUCUACUACUCCUUUCAGGACCGCGACAGCCUCUACUUCGUCAUGGACUACAUCCCCGGAGGAGACAUGAUGAGCCUGCUCAUCCGAAUGGGCGUCUUCCCCGAGCCCCUGGCGCGCUUCUACGUGGCGGAGUUGACGCUGGCCAUCGAGAGCGUCCACAAGAUGGGCUUCAUCCACCGCGACAUCAAGCCGGACAACAUCCUCAUCGACCUGGACGGACACAUCAAGCUGACAGACUUUGGUCUGUGCACGGGCUUCCGCUGGACGCACAACUCCAAAUACUACCAGAAAGGAAGUCACGUCAGACAGGACAGCAUGGAGCCCAGUGACUUCUGGGACGACGUGUCCAACUGUCGCUGUGGCGAUCGGCUGAUGACACUGGAGCAGCGCGCCAACCGGCAGCACCAGCGCUGCCUGGCUCACUCCUUGGUGGGAACACCGAACUACAUUGCACCUGAGGUUCUGCUGCGCAAAGGUUACACCCAGCUGUGUGACUGGUGGAGCGUGGGAGUAAUCCUGUUUGAGAUGCUGGUGGGACAGCCGCCCUUCCUGGCUCCCACACCCACCGAGACUCAGAUUAAGGUCAUUAACUGGGAGAGCACACUGCAGGUGCCCGCCCAGGUCAAACUGAGCCCCGAGUCUGUCGAUAUCAUCGGUCGCCUCUGCUGUUCCGCAGAGGAGCGGCUGGGCGCCAACGGUGCCGGCGAGAUCAAAGCCCACCCCUUCUUCACCCAGACGGACUUCUCCAGCAAUCUACGGCAGCAACCGGCGCCCUACCGGCCCAAGAUCGCCCACCCAAUGGACACGUCCAACUUUGACCCCGUGGAGGAGGAGGGCGGUCCCGGGGCGUGGAGUGACAGCGGGGACAGCACCCGUGCUUUGGACACGCUCUGUUCCCCGCAUGGGAAGCACCCGGAGCACGCCUUCUACGAGUUCACCUUCCGCAGGUUCUUCGACGACAACGGCUGCCCCUUCCGCUACCCUAAACCGCUCGAGGCCAGCGAGGCGCCGCUAAGCAUCACCGGAGCCGGCGGCAUGGGCCCGGAGGAGGAGGAGGAACAAGAAGAGGAGGAGGAGGAGGAAGAGGAUGAUGAAGAGGAGGGAGAGCAGGGUGAGCCGGUGUACGUCUAGAGCUGCAGACUGAUACUCCUUCCUGAGCAGCGUGCGUCUCGACCCCUCCCACCUACCACGGCUCUUCUUCUCUGUAUGUGUCUGUGUGUGUUAAUGCAUAUCUGGCAUGUGUGAUUGUUAAAGCUGCAGGAGCAGGAUUGACGAACAUCGCCACCUUGUGGAAUCUGUAGUGCGUCCACGGCGACUUCAAACACGAAACUCCCCUGAUCCGGGACCAAGAAACAACAUUCUAAAUGUGACUGACUGCACCAAGGGUGAAGCGUCUGCGUUCAGCAGAGCGAGACUCAGAAACUGUUCAGGUUGAGAGGAGAUAGUUAAUAUCCUUGGGAAUGUAAGGAUGUCUGGAUCUAAUGGUUCUAAUUCGAGGACUGCUUCUGGUUCCUCCAGCGGUUUCUUGUCCCAUUCCUUCCACCCUUGGUCUUACGGACGACUGAAACACCUCGACGGUGAUUGUGUGACACAGGAGCGACUUCCUGUUCUACCUGAGCUGCUUUACACUCAAAUAUUGGACACAGCAAUGUGAAGAGUGGAACCAGUUUACUCAUUGA